AUCAAGUCGAGUCAGCUUCAUGUGGGAGGAAAGUCUAAAGUGAUGUGACGGAAAUAAUGUGUUUGCCACUCAUGCGUUUACGUUCGAUCCCGUGAUUGGCCAAUGCAGCUGAUCCAAGUACUAUAAGAGUAGAAGUCGCAGCGCUAGGAAGUAGUGUUUGAGGAAAACCGUUACUGACCACACAAUGUAGGAUUCUAUCUGAAGUAGAGAACAAAGAAUGAUUCUGCUGAUAACCCCCUUCAUCUUCUUUCAAGCGGUGUUCUCAAAGAACUCUGUGGUUUCCAGACAUGUGUAUGCAAGACUCAUCCCUCUGGACAACCUUAGGGCGAGUGAGACACCGACCAGCAUCAACCAGUCGGAGAGUAUGCCUGACUGUACCACCGUCUGUGCCAGGGAUGAGGCCUGUGUUGCUGUGAUGCAUCAUGGUGAUCAGUGCUCCAUCUACAGAUCAUCCCUGUCUCCCUCGGGUGUUUCCCUUCCCGGAGCCAGAUGUUUCAUCAAGCAAGGAGCUCUGCCACAUCCAGACCCAUGCCCCGUGUCUCAAGGCUACACGUCAGUGCUGUCCCCACGCCUGUGUUACAAGCUUUACAUGACCACCAUGAACUGGACAGACAGUCAGGCCCGAUGUGAGAGUGAAGGCGGCCGCCUGAUCAUCCUCAACACAAUCGAGAAACACGCCUACAUUCUGACUCAAGUGUCGCCUGACCUAGCUCCGUAUAUUGGUCUGAAAUCUGAUGGUGGCUCCAAAGUCUGGACUGACGGUUCGACCUACAUACCCGGAAAAACUGACCUCUUCUCUGGGAAUUGUGCAUACAUAUAUAAGUUGUUAAUCGGGGGCUAUUCUUGCUAUUGGGUACGCCAGUCCUUGUGUGAAAUACCUGUGUGAAACACAUACGUAGUGUCCUCCAGCAGCAUCUCCUCCAAGUAAAAUACAUGGUAACUAUGUAUUGUAGACGUUCAAGGCAACGUGUUCAAACUAUCAUGUCACACUCUGUAUCCCAUGGUUUUAAGUAAAGUGUAACUCGGUUUCAGCCUAUUAAUCUCCGCAUUAUUUCAUUCAAACCCACGCAAUUCAAAAUCGUAGUGUGCACCAUUCUUGGAGCAAAUCAAUCAAUGACGUUCAAGAUUUUAUAACAACGUCUGGACCUAAACUGGAAGGACUUGGAGAACAGUCGCUAUUUUUAAGGAUUUGAUUAAUGAACACAAUACUUCAAUGAAAAAGACCAUGCUGUUGUAAUAAAAAUUACUUCCGCACUUUUCAAAAUAUUUGACUUGAUACAACUGUAACCUAACGAUAGCCUUAAUUCCAAUAAUACCAUCGGGACUUUAAAAACCAUUUAGGCAAUCUUUUCACCACGCAAACUUAUUACUAAUGGCACUUUGGCUGAUCACUGGCUAAUCACGCACAAUAUGAUCAUAUGGUGACAUAUGCUCGGCCUGUACAUAAUUGACCGUGGACGAGACAAAUCAGUGAUUGAUAACCCCAUGAGUCGGGUCGAGAUUCCAGGAAGCAAUUAGUCAGUUGCGUUUCAUGCUACGUUGCCUGGCCCAGGUACUCCAGGAUCACUGCUACCAUUUCACCCGAUUACAAUCCUGGCUCUGUCAGGACUUAAUCCACAGGAAUUACACAUGUCCUCAUAUCAAUGACAUACUUUUCAAAGCAGCUCAAAAACACAUUGACUGUUCUUAUAACAGAUAAGAGGCUGACAAUGUAUGUACAUACUACACUGCACGGGGAUUUAAGCAUUAGUUGGAGAGCGAAAUACUCUAUUUUUUGUUUUAUAUUUAUGCUACAGUGCCGCGCCAGUUAUAUUCGUACGAUCCAUUACGGUUUAUAACCGUCAAAUAUUUUACGAGCACAAAAAUGUUUCGCGUAGCGUCAAUAAUGCUCGGAACCAUGUUAAAUUUGACAUGACGUCACUUUGAUCACGUGACCGUCACGUGAUGUCCUUCACAGUGUCGUCUGCUGUUUUGAUCAAAACAUACGAUAAUCAGUGCAAACAUCGGGAGAAAAUCUAAGGAAUUGAGAAGUGAUGUGAAAAGAAUAGCGUUAAAGUUAAAAGAAGAGGGGGAAAGUUAUCAAGCGAUUACUGACCUGUUGGGGGGUUCCCAAGUCUACUUGAGUAGUAUUUUUGCUGAAGUUCAGCGAACGGGUUCGGUAGAAAACAUCCCGAGACAAGCUAGACAAAACAAAAGUUUUCAGACAGAGAUCCUGCCGCGCUGUUCAGACUCGUUAAAAAUAAUAGACAGAGACCUUUGAAGGACAUCACUGGUAAUUUCAAUUCGGUGAGAGACCAACCUGUCUCGAAAAGAAUAAUUCAAAGGGAAUUACACCGAGAAGGAUUUUACAGGCGCAUCACGAAAAAAGAUGGUUGUUAGGGGGAUGAACAGAAGAAAACAUGUCUUGUGGCGUCGGAGUAUGAGGAAAAAAAACUGUCAAUGAUUUUUGGAAAAAUGUAAUCUUUACUGAUGAGAGUCAGGUGGUUAUUGGAAAUAAAAAUCGUGUAUACAUUUGGAGAAAGGAAAAUGAAGCCGAUCGACCCGAGUGCGUGUGUCCCCCUCGAACAAGGAAGUUGAGUUUGAUGGUGUGGGGGAGUAUCAGCUAUCAUGGUGUGGGGACUUUGGUGCGUGUAAAUGGUAACAUCAAUGUCCAGAAAUACAUAGAAAUUGUGGACAAUAAUUUGUGGCCAGUAAUUUGUAGACAUUUUCCAGACAAUAACUAUAUAUUUCAAGACGACGAUGCGCCGUUCAUAGGGCAAAUAUUGUGAAAAAAUUCAUCGCCGACAAUGCCAUAAACACGGUGGAUUGGCCAGCAGAAUCACCGGAUUUAAAUGUUAUAGAAAAUGUUUGGCUAAACCUAAAGAAAAAACUACAGGACACCGUAAACGACAUCACUAACCAAGAUCAGCUGUUUGAAGCGAUCCAUAUCACUUGGCAGGACAUUGAGCUAGACUUUAUUCGUGGCCUUUAUGAAUCUAUUCCACGCCGGAUAUCUAAAGUUGUGACUAUGAAAGGGCAUCUUACCAAGUAUUAAGGUAUGUAGAUAAUUAUUUCAUUAAUAAAUGACGCUCUGUAAAAGCGAGUCGAUAUGUAAACAAACGGCGGCCAUUUUGGAUCUUACGAAUAUAACUGGCACGGCGGCCAUUUUGGAUCUUACGAAUAUAUCCGUGCGUAUAAAAUGUAUAUUGUAUUUUGUUAGAAAUAAUCGCCUGUUACUACCUUCUGAAGGUCGUUACUCUUC